AAAGUUGGCAGCACUGCACACAGUAGCCUUCCUCUCUGCCUCGGUUUGUUGACAAAAUCCAUGGACAAUGAACACCGACGAGCGCAAUUUUCGAUCAAGUUAUUAUGAGAAAUGCUUGAUCAACAGCGUCGAGGAGAACAAGUCGAUCAACAAGUUGCUUGAGGAUGACAUACGCAAUUUGAACAAAUUGAAGCAAUUCUGUAUGAACUACACUGUUCCGAAUGUCCACCGAAACCAUCUUUGGUCUCUUGUAAUGGGCAUAUUACCGCUUCACAAGACAUCCACUGACUUUGUACGCGAUCAACGUCGGGAUGUGUAUCAGGAUCUGUUGCGGGCUGUGUCCGUGCUGCGGUGUGUGGACCAAAAGAAGGAGCUGGUGAUGCACACAAUGUGGCUGCUGGAAUCGAAUCGAUUGUGGCAGGGGGGCAAUGCGAAUGCCACUAUGCAGGCGGAUGACAUGCAUUUCAUUGAAAUCGUGAGGACUCUGCUGCAAAUUUUCACCAACGAUGUGGAGACCUAUUGGAUAGCAAAGGGGUUCUACAACUACACGCGCGAGCUGAAAAAGGAAUGCCCCAAACUAAAGGAGCAGAUCCAAAUCCUGCUCAAGCGCGAGGACCUCUCACUGUUCAACCGCUUGGAGAAGCUGGGUCUAUUCGACAGCACUUCGGUACUCCUGGACAACUGGCUUAUCACCUGCUUUGCCGGCGUCAUUUGUGAGACGGUGCUGGUCAAGAUUUGGGACAAGGUGUGCGGAGGCUCGCGCAAAAUUGUUGUGUUCCUCUUUGUGGAGCUAGUCAAGGAUAUAAGGUACCUGAUUAUCAAGCAAAGUUCCCUAGCAGAGGUCAAAAGACUGAUAGAAACGGUGGAGGAUCCCGAUGGUGUCAUAGUUAACAAGGCCAUAAAAUCGCUGCAGAUAAACAACAGCGAAGUCGACUACACGCAUUAAGUAAUUCUACAAAAUGUUUAUUUAGGACCCGAGUAAAGAGCGUUAGCAACUAAAUGUAUUUGAAGACCACGUCCUUCUUGUCGGCCACCGUUUGCAGCUCCAGCGUGACAGGGCAUUGCAUCCAGUAGGAGAGCAGCUCCUCCGUGUAACCAAUAAGAAAAUACAUUUUGCGUGGACUGAUGCCCUGGCGGAUGAUCGAAGCGACGCGUAUUGUGUUGUGUUGGCGCUUGAUAAUGAUCUCGGAGCAGACUAGCGCAUGCCAAGUGCCGGUGAUGAACUUCCUUAUGAACAAGUCCUCGAUGGCCGUUUGCGACGGACGCUGGGAGUCCUUCAGGGUCGCUUUAGGAGGGAUGGGUAUCAUUUUUGUGAAUAAAACAUCGACAAUAAACUGCCCUCGAACUUA